AUGCCGCAGAUCUGCCUCUCUCCGCCGCACGGCGACUCUCGGAUCGGCUUCUCCUCCUCCUCGGCUUCGGUGAUAUUCGAGGAACUUUUGCCAGACAUGCUUUCUGUAACUUGUUGCAGCAGUGAUGCCAAGUUUGAUUCUGCAGAAUUAUGCGUGUAUGAAUGCAAUCAUCUCUUUGCAUCGAGGAAAGGGCUGAAAUCAUCAGGAACUGAAUUGUCUUGCAUGGAAGGGCAAACCUGUUUAGGCGUUUCUGAUGGUCAUUUGUUGCACGGACACAGUGGAGGGUGCUCAUCUUAUCGGUGUUCAGAUAAGCAAAAUGGCUCCUUCUGUAUCCGUGAUCCACUUGGAGAAAUUGACUCAUUUGUUGCAAUGGAGGGAAGUUCUAGGUCUGCAAACAGUAACUAUCAGAAUGCCCAGCAAUAUUGCUCAGGUGUUUUAGAAGGCCAGGACAAUAGUCAUGGUGGAUAUGCUCAAAACUUCUCUGUGAGCGGAUGGAUGUACAUCAAUGAACAUGGGCAAAUGUGUGGGCCAUAUAUUCAAGAGCAGCUAUAUGAGGGCUUAUCUACAGGGUUUUUGCCAGAAGACCUUCCAGUUUAUCCUGUUGUAAAUGGAAGUCUUAUCAAUCCGGUACCCUUGAAAUAUUUAAAGCAGUUUCGUGGCAAUGCAUGCGGUGCUUUAAAUUUUUCAACAGCAGUAUCAAGUGAAACUGGCGACCUUGCAAGCCGCCGGUCAUGGUCUUCUGGACAUGCAGUUUCUAUUUGUUCCUCAUUACAUGCAAAAAAGCAGGCAGAAUCCCAUCCAGGUUCUACAUAUAAAGCUCAUGGUUCUGAAGUGCAAAAUAUAAAUGAUGGAAUGAUGAAUCAUGCAUCACCAGUGCUUCCAACGUCACUUUCAAGUGAAGAGUCAUGCUGGAUGUUUGAGGAUGAGGAAGGCCGAAAGCAUGGGCCACAUUCACUUGCAGAACUUUACUAUUGGCAUCACAGCAGUUAUCUUCAUGAUUCAUUGGUGAUACACCAUGUUGAUAACAAGUUUGGGCCAUUCACCCUUGCAUCUUUAAUUGAUGAAUGGAGCAGAGUAAGCAUGCAGACUGUGUCGGAUGCUGAUUUAAAAGGAGAAGGCACUAACAAUGAUGAUACCAGUUCUUUUAGCAGCUUCAUAUCUAACAUAUCAGAAGACGUCUCUAAUCAGUUGCAUGCUGGCAUAAUGAAAGCUGCCCGUCGUAUGUUGCUAGAUGAAAUAAUUAGUGGUGUCAUACCGGAGUUUAUUUCUUUGAGAAAAGCUCAGAGAAGUAGUAGGCCUGAACAUAAUGCUAAGAUGUGUUAUUCAUCUGACAAAAGGACACACACUGUGAUUCAGAGGAAGUCUAAUACAGUUGGAAACAAGGUUGCUGUUUUCUUUAACAUUUCAAAGGAGAUAAAUUCAUUUCAGGCAUCUCAUGCAGAGUCAUCCACAAGUGCUUGUCUCUUUUGUAGCUCUGUUAACUUUCCAGAGUUACUGUUAGCAGUCCGCAAAAUCUUUUAUUAUGAUUGUAUGAAAGUUUUGUGGAAUGCUGUCUUUUAUGAUCCUGUUGCCGAUUACUGCAGUACAUGGCUUAAAAGAAAGCGCUGGUCUGCAAUUUUAACUUCACCGGUUACUGUUUCUUCUGAUGAGCAAGAUAUGCCAAGCAUCAGUGAGAUGCAAGCAAAGGUUGUCUCUGAAGCACAGAUUUCUGGCUAUGACAUGGAUUUCCCCCCAGGUUUUGGACCUGCAAUGGAGGAUACAUGCGCUCCCCCUGGGCUUGGACCUGCAAUGGGAAGUGCAGACAUUUGUGCUCCUCCUGGGUUUGGACCGGCAAUGGGAAGUGCAGAUAUUUCUGCACAUUCACCAUCAAGUUCAGACAUUAGUUCCAUUGCCAAAGAAGUUGAGACAAAGAGAAACAGUAUGUAUCAUGACAAUGAAAUGUCUGGUGCUCGAACAAACAUUCAGCGAAGUGUAGAGAAUGCUCUAUAUGUAUCAGCAAAGGCAUCUUUAUUUGAAUAUUUUGAAGAUGUUAUAAAAGAGGAAAUGACAAAUUUGUUUUAUUUGGCAUUAGAAGAUAAUUUGAAUCAGCAAAAAGCUGAUGUGAGAGAAUCCGAUUGUCAGACUGAUUUGCCCAAAUCAGUUGCCUUGGAUAAUGAUAUAAUGUUGGGCUCUCCUGAACCACCAAGUGUGCCCUCUACAAGUUAUGCAAGUGCCUUUGAAAAACUGGACUUGCCUAUGACAACUGGCCCUGAUGAUCUAAAUAUUGAUGAACCACCACCUCCUGGACUGGAGGAGUGGCCUACAUCUCUGGAUAUACCUCAAGAAACCAAGUUUCGACCUUCAAAAUUAGAGGGGCAUAUUCCUGUGAUUCAGAAAUAUAUUACUUUGGCACUUUGCCGACAGAAGUUACAUGAUGAACUUCUUAAAGAAUGGAAAUCCUUUCAUAUUACUGGCAUUCUUUACAAAUGUUUUGAUUCAUGGGGUGCUAUGAGGAACACCAAAUUAAAUGCUACAGGUGUCAACAGCGAGAAAACAAACCUGAAUAGCUUACUUGGGGACGGAGCAUAUCAUGUCGAACAAGAAAAUGAUUGUGAUUCCUCUGCAGCUUUAGAGAAUCUUAGAGAAAGAUCAAGGCAUUCAAACGAUUCAGAGGUGGCUGGUACUUCUUCACUUAUUGGAAAGUACACUUACUUUCGGAAGAAAAAAUUAGGCAGGAACAAGGCUGGGUCUUCAUCCAUGUGCAUUGCCUCAGAGAAUGCUGGAUUGGUAGACCUACCUAGGGAUACCAAAGGAGAUCAGCGGAUGCCUAGAUCGAUGACUGAGUUGGUAGAUUCCAGGACUGUGGAUGUGAUUUCUCAUGAGUUAGGUGAAUGGAAGACUGAAAGCAUGCCCUCACCAGAUGUUUGCACUUUAUCAAGGAAAAGAACUCGUAAAUUAGGAAAGAUCACUCGUAGGAUUCGAAAAAAGACUUUGCCUAGUUUUGAUGAUCCUGAAGUGACAACUUCUCCAAGGGAUGCAAAUACUUGUAGUAAAGAGUUACAGAAUGCAAAUGCAGUUAAAGUGGUUUUUGCUGGUGUUUUUAAGUCCAACUUGGAGAAAGUUUCAAGUUUGGAACAGGAUUCAAAUAAAUCUGAGAUGGCUGUGGGUGGUAAUGAUUGUGAUUUAAGUAUCCAGAAAGGCUCAGAAGUAUUCCGCUCCAAGGACAUUCCAAAGUCAAGAAGGCUUUCUCGUCUGAAAAGGAGAGUUGAGAUGGAUCAAGCAUCAGAUAUCCCAUCUAAAGUUUCAAAACUAACAACAAUGAGUUCAGUGAAAAAAGGAAGGCGUAGGCACUUGGCAGGCCGGAGGGUGAAACCUUCACUUCCAUGCCCCAGGUCAGAUGGCUGUGCUCGGACUUCCAUCGAUGGAUGGGAGUGGCAUAAAUGGUCACGGAAUGCACUUCCAUCUGACAGGGCUCGUGUGAGAGGAAUUCGUGUUCAAACCAAUUAUUUUGCUUCUAUGCCUAAUGCAUCCCAAAGUUCCAAUGUUAAAGGCCCUUCUGCAAGAACAAAUAGGGUUAAGCUACGAAAUCUUCUGGCUGCUGCAGAGGGUGCUGACUUGUUAAAAGUCACUCAGUUGACGGCAAGGAAAAAACGAUUGCGCUUUCAAAGGAGCAAGAUACAUGAUUGGGGUCUUGUGGCCCUUGAGCCAAUUGAGGCUGAAGACUUUGUAAUUGAGUAUGUAGGCGAAGUUAUCCGUCGUCGGGUAUCAGAUAUACGCGAACGUCAAUAUGAAAAGAUGGGAAUUGGUAGCAGUUACCUCUUUAGAUUGGAUGAUGAUUAUGUGGUUGAUGCUACUAAACGUGGUGGAAUAGCAAGAUUUAUAAAUCAUUCAUGUGAGCCAAAUUGCUAUACAAAGGUGAUCACUGUCGAUGGUCAAAAGAAAAUCUUCAUUUAUGCAAAGAGACAUAUAUCUGCUGGUGAAGAGCUCACUUACAACUACAAGUUUCCGUUGGAAGAACAAAAGAUUCCGUGCAACUGUGGUUCUCGAAGGUGCCGUGGAUCGUUGAAUUAGUAACAGUAUUUUCUUAUUGCUCAUGGUCAUUUUAUCUGUUGCUCUUGGACAGGCCAGCGAUCAGCUUGUAAAUGUUGAGGUUGCUGGUUGCAGUCGAAGCUAAAAAGGAUUCUGGACAUUCUUUAAUGUUUUACAAUGCAUCGUGGACUUGCUGUUCUUUUAGAGUUCAAAAAGCUGUGCACUCGAAGGUCUCUGGAAUUUCAUCCAUGUUGUAAUUGUUAAUAUGACAUGUAACAUGGAGAGCUGCAGCGAAUAUCUUCAUCUGUGCUUUAUGCUUUUUUCUUGUGAUCACCAUGUUGGAACUGUUGAUGGACAUUUAUACAACCAUGUUCUACUGUUAUUAUCUAUUUUUGCAGUUGGUAACGUGGGAAAUUUUUAGCUGGAGCUUCAAACGUGUGGUAUGUCUUCUUAACUUGCCGCAUUACACCCUAAUGAAAUAUAUCACUUUUAACCAAGGUAGAAAGGAACAUGAAAGCAGCAGUCAUCCACUUUAGUACUGAUCGUAUUGCCUAGUAAAAUCAAACAUCUUGUGAAUUGAAUCAGAAGAAAGCUAAUAAACUGAUGCGGGAUUGUUAUUUGGGGAAUGGACUGAGUGGGAAAGGCGAGGUGCUGGCAGGAAGAGAAAUAUUGUUCCAUCGCCCACCAUCCGUUGCCCGGCAGAACGGGCAACCUAUUUGUAUAUUUUACCAACGGGGUCUGUUAUUGUUGUUCUCCGGGCUGCUACCUGACCUGUCUGUGAAUCUUCCAAACAGCCCAACAUUCCUGCUGAAGUCUGCAGCCACCUCAUAGAGUUUUAAGAGGUGGGUCUAAACGUGUGUAUCUUUAUGGUAGGACCUGCAUGCCCCUGAAGUUAUAGCUUCCUUCUGGAUAGCAAAAAUUACCAACAUAAGACAUGAUAAACAAUAUAUCUGCACAAAAUGUUAAUGUAAUACCGAAGAGUUCUUGGUUGAAACCCUUCUAGUCCUAUUCAACUCUUCAACUCUGUAAACAGUAACAUGCAGGAUAUCUUGGGCGUGGUGCACCCACAAUCACAUGCAUGUAUUGCAUCUACAAGAAUUGUCAGGUAUCUUAUUUUGGUAGUACGGAAUGUUGAUCUUACUGACCAUUUUGCUCGGUCAACCAUUUGCUUGCGUACAUGCUAUUCAUCUUUAAUUGAUAUCCAGAUGGUGCCUCUCACUCCCAUCCCAUCAAUGCGUAUAAACUUGGAUCCCCAAACCACGAAGCUGGAACCUACCUGUUGUAAUGCUUUGUCUGCAUGUUUGCUUGGAUAAAAUGGCAUUGAAGGGCUCAUUGGCCAUGCACAUGGUAGCAUGAAUGUUGAGCAUGCUAUAAAUAUGCACCGAUUUUAUAAUGUAGGGCAAACCAUCAGGCCCAAUUGGGUUUUUAUAACGAAUUCGUUUUCUCUAGGUUUCCUGUGCGUAGGUCCAGCAUUCUUUGACAAGCAUCGGCCGGCCUUAGCUCAACUGGAAGAGUGUUGGAUUACUGAGGGGUUGUACCCGACAUCAGAAAUCCUUGGUCGCUGGUUCGAAUCCGGCAGGUCGGGGCAUGUGUUUCAUGCACUUGCUUUUGCUUGUCAUGCGGGCAAUAUUCUUCAUUAAUUAAUAACUAAGUCGUGUGCCGCAGAAAUCUAUCUUAGCUGUAUCAAAAUGAGCACAGGGGGCCCUUUUUACUGAUACUGGCAUUAUUGUUUUUGGGGCGAGAUUAUAUUUUUGAAGUUUAUACUAGGGCAUAUUCCUAUACAUAUUAGAAAUUUCAUGUUGUUCGUUGGUUAGCUUUGACUAAUUAUCUAUUUCUCAACUUUAAUCGAAGAGAAUCUUUUGAGUGAUGCUAAAAGUCAGACAACAAACGGGCCUUGCAGAAAAUUCUUAAGAAACAACAUCGUGCCUUACGUAAUCAUCCUGGGGUUUGACGUCAUUUCUUUAGGCAAAACCUUUUUGCAGGCUCGUGCUGUUUUGAAAGAGGGGUACACUGUUGCUUUAGCAGUGAUUUUCUUUGGAAUCCAUUGUGAUCUCACUAUUCCCUCAUGUGUCUUCUGUCCCUAUUAGUAACUUGUGUGAUCUAAGAGGCUCCUAACUUAAUUUCUUAUCCUUAUUGAUAUUAUUUCAUUCUUCGCCCGCUUGUGCUUAAAUGGAUUUUAUGUGCAUGCAGAGAAGAUCGUUUGCUCUUUUUUGAUCAAAUGUAGGUUUAAGGUUGUUAUGCAAUUUGCUUUACAGUUUAAUUCCGAGCGGAGUGGCCCAAGCCAUUUCAUUUUAUUGAAAUGCUUUUUAUUUAUCAUCUGCAUGGAUCUGACUGGGCUUUGCCUAGUCUUUGCACUUGAAUUCGAGGGAGGAAAAAUAUAUGCUCUGCUGUAUGAAAUAUCAUUCAAAAUAACAUUUUUUUCGUUUUUUUUUUUGUUGCAGGUUUACAAGGUUUAAAAAAAAAAUGCAUCUUUCAUUCUCAGUUAGGUUACGUUUAAACAAAAUGAAUUUUCAAUUACGAGUAUGUGGAUUGAGAUGAAACAUAUUAUCAGGUCAUCAUAUACAUUCACGUCUCUAAAUUUUAAGGCUUUUUCACUUUGAUAAUUCUUUUGCAUUACAUCUCCCGUUUGAUUAGAGAGAGAGCAUGUUAAGCAGUUCCACAUUCAGGAUAAAUACAAUCUUGAAUGAUCAUUGUAUUUUUAGCCCAAUGGUACCUCACUGAUUCUUAAUGAUGUUGAUUUUUAGUUCUUUGUCACAAUGUGGUUCAUUUUGGCAUGACUACUUGAAUGUGGGCGCACAUUGCGGUUGUAAGUUCUUGCAGUUUUGGUAUGACAACUAAAAUAUACAAACAUACUUAGGAUAUUUUCAGUUGUUUGAACUGAAUUAAGGUGCUCUCCAUAAUCAUGCUUUCCAGCCACAAAAUGCAUCUUCUUCCACUGCAUACAUUGAUACUCUCAUCUGGAUUUACCUCGACAAACAUUGAGGGGCUGGAAUUUACCAGAGUGGAGGAUCGCCAGUGAGGAAUUUCUAUAACCAGCGUAAGUUGGUCUAACCAUCACCGAGCUGUCGGCUGUGGAACUCUGCACACUAUUGCUGUCUAGGGCAUGGAUACCCGGUAUUUGCGCCGGGUUUCAUGUAGGCUUACAAGUCUACGAGUGUUUUAAAAUGGUUUUUCUUUGAUUGAAAACAGAAAUUUAAUUUUAUUGAUUUAUAUAUUUGGUAUUAAAAUACUUUU